AUGUACUUUGAUGGCCACUCAGAGCUCCGGCCAGACUUCCGGCUGCACCGCACCACCAUCUCGGCCCUCACUGACCUGCUCUGGCCCAGAGAUCACCAGGGCUGGGGGAGGCACCUGGACACCCUGGUGUUCCUCUUCUGGCUGGCCAGUGGAACCUCCUACCGGGUGGUAGCGAGGGCCUUUGACAUCCCCAGGUCCACAGUCUGCGAUGUUGCCCACCGGGUGGCAGACCAGAUCCUCAGCAUACGGAGGCGCCUGAUCUCAUUUCCACCUGCAGAGGAACUGGAAGACAUUUCUACUGGUUUCCAGCAGUUGGGUGGGUGUGCCUCUUUUCAGAGGGUUGUGGGGGCAAUAGAUGGCUGCCAUGUGAGAAUUACACCCCCCGCAGAGCACGCUGAGUGCUACCUCAACCGAAAGCUGUUCCACUCGGUACAAUUUCAGGCAGUGACUGAUCACCAAGGGAGAUUUUUAGACAUUUUCGUCGGUUACCCUGGCUCGGUGCAUGACUCCCGCGUGUUGAGGAACAGCCCCAUCUACAUGGAGCAGCUGUAUCCUCCCGCCGGCUUCGUCCUCCUUGGUGAUGGUGGGUACCCCUGCCUGUCACGGCCCAUCACCAUCCUGACGCCGUACAGGCAGCCUGUGAGGAACCCUGUUGAGGCCCGGUUCAACAGGCACCACUCCAGGGCACGAUCUGUGGUGGAGAGAGCAUUUGGCAUCAUGAAGGCCAGGUGGCGGGCCAUAUUUUUCAAGGCGUUGGAGGUUCAACCCACCUUUGCUGUUAAGGUCAUCGCCUGCUGCGCUGUCCUGCACAACCUCUGCCUUCGCCACGGGGACCUGCUGGAGCCGGAGCCAGUCCAGGAGCCAGAGACAGAGGCUGUCCACCAUGAGCAGGACAACCAGGGCCAGCAGAGCGGGGAGUCACUGCGGGCAGCCAUGGCAGCGGCAUUGUCUGCUCCGAGGGAAAGGCAUCAGGCACUCCGGGACCACGAUUACUGA